GCGCGUCCACGUCUGUUUGUGUAGUUUUGUGGAGUUGUGCUCUUCCUGGUUCUCUCUGUUGUUAUCUCGGACUUCAUUCGGACUCUGUUCGGGUUUAUUUCUCCGGUGUCUUCGUCCCAUCGCGGUCAUCAUGUGGAUAAACUAACCGCUGGAUGUUUAACUUCAGGUUAACUCUGUUCUAGUUAACUAGUUAGCUCGUUAGCUCCCUGCUAGCUGCUAGCUGUCAUUAACAGUGAUGUUUGCGUCCUGCUGUGGCUGGUUGUGCGAUGACUCUGUCGAUGAGUCUUCAGGAAUGGAACGAGCUCACCAGUCGUACACUAACUCGGCCUAUAACAACCAGCCGUCUCCUCCGCCUCCUGAACACACCUGUAAGGCCUGCGGGGGGCGCUUUGACACACCAGCAAAGAAGCAUGUCUGUGUGGACUGUAAGAAGAACUACUGCAGCCGCUGCUCCGCCCAGCAGGAGCCCCGCCCCCGCCUCUGUCACACCUGCCAGCGUUUCUACGGCAACCUGCUGGAGCGGGCAGAGCUUAUGAAGCUGAAAGUGAAGGAGCUGAGGGACUAUCUGCACCUGCAUGAGGUCUCCACCCACCUGUGCAGAGAGAAGGAGGAACUGGUGGAGCUCGUCCUCGGUCAGCAGUCGUCUCCAUCCAGCGAGUCAGCCCCUGAAACCCCCGACGUCAGCCCCCCCUCUGUGACUACAGACCUCCCUGAUCUGACCUCCGACAUCUCCACCUUGACUCCUGAUCCCCCCAUGCCGACCCCUGAGCCUCCUGCUGCACAGCCUGAAGCCCUGCCCACAGAGGAUGCUCCUGCAGAAGCAGAGGUGGAGGACGAGGAUCAGAUCUGGGACACCGAGGGGGCCCCCGUUUCAGGUCGCAGGGCAUCUCUGUCCGACCUGAGCUGUCUGGAAGACAUUGAGGCUCUGAGCGUCCGACAGCUGAAAGAAAUCCUCGCCAGGAACUUCGUCAACUACAAGGGCUGCUGUGAGAAGUGGGAGCUGAUGGAGAGAGUGCGACGGCUGUACCAGGACCAACAGAACCUGCUGGCUGCCAACAUCGUCAACGCUUCAGAGUCUGGUGAAGGGGGCAGAGCCGGCGGUCUGGAGGAGAACCUUUGUAAGAUCUGCAUGGACUCUCCCAUCGACUGCGUCCUGCUGGAGUGUGGUCACAUGAUCACCUGCACCAAGUGUGGCAAGAGGAUGAGUGAAUGUCCGAUCUGUCGUCAGUACGUGGUCAGAGCCGUCCACGUCUUCCGCUCCUGACGCUCCCACCUCCAGCCAGGACUGACCGUCUCCAAAGCAAUAAAGGAAAUCCUCCUGAAGGGACCCUCUACAGAGACAGAACCUGAUUUUAUUUUUUCUAGUGUACAGAAGAUGUUCGGUACAUCAGAGUGAAGAAUGUAAGAAGCGACGCUCAGCUGGCAGAACUGCCGUUUGGAUGAAAAAACUGAAUGUAUGAUUGUGGAUCAAAUCUCUGAGUUAAAAAAGAAUCCUUGGUGCCUUCUGCCUCUGCUCAGCAUGAGGUCCCAAAUCUCCCAGCAAGUCCACCAAAGAGAACCGUGGGUCUGCUAUGAAUGCUGUCAUGCCGCCUUAAACGGAUCCAAACAAAGAAUUGUGUUCUUAGACAGCCCGGCUUUGUUUACCCUCUCCAGAGUUUACACUGUAAAAGAUGACCAACUGUGACUCUAAACCCCAGGGCAUUAUGGUCGAAAAGCUCCUUUUCUUCACAUUUACCUCCCGAUUUAGUAAAAUAAAACCCCAACGAACCAGCAGCCAAUCAGAGAGCAGGACAAGUGAACUAGAGAUUCACAGUGGGUGAAGCCCAGCCCACAGGUGAAGCCGAUUUGUCAGUCACAGUUAAACUGCAUGUGAUGAUCUUUUUAAAGAGACAAAGCCACACAUAAGAAAGCAGGAUUUGUUCAAUUCUGCAGGACAUUUAGAUUUAAACCUAAACUCUGUUUAAUAUCUCUUAUUUAGGACAAACAUCCAGCUCAGGUUUCAAAUAGAUAAUUUAUCCAUUAAUAAAAGAGUCAUGUGAAUACAGAGGGAGCCGUGUUUGCUUUAAUCUCGGUCCAGUUCACAGCAAACUCUCAGAUUUGAUCGGUCACACUUUAACCCGUCUGAAAAGUUUGUUGAGGUUGAUCUACGGCUGAAAAGCUGAAUAGAAUAAUAAUUUAGAUUAAUUAACCACAGGAGUGAAAAUAUGGUUCAAAACGUUUGCUGAUAAAUCCCGCUCAUGUGUCUUUGACUGGUUUACAUCCCUUGUGCCCUUAAUCUGUAUAAUUUAUGGAUAAAUCCAUAAUCUUCAGACUGACACCGUCCUAGAUUGACUAGGAUGUCCUCGCUCUCCACUUAUCCUAUUUGAAAAGUUUUGAAGCCAUUCAGAAAAAUGUGCUUUCUGAUAGUUUUGUUACUGUUUUAUGUAAAUCUACCAGGAAUGCAAUCCUUUUAAAUGAUCGACAUGUGAGAUUAACUGCGAUUAAUUAAUUAAAAGGCCUCGCAUUAAUCAGAUGAAUUCUUUACACAGAGCACUAAUAUAAAAUGAGGCUCCUCAGGCAGACCUGGACCUUGAAGACUAGCCUUUACGUCGGCUGUGUGGGUCUGUACUUCACAACUAUCAGUGUUACCGCGGGCUGCCGGGGCCCAGACUUUAUCUGAGAGAGAAAAAUAUCUUCAGGCCAUGCCACCAACAUUAUCGAGCACACAGAAAUGUGAAAAAAAUCAGAAUAAACAGAAAAGCUGAUCUCACAGCAGCAGGAUGAGGCUAGUGGCUCUGUUGACAGGGGAAUUAUUACGGUCUCAAAAAAGAAACCAAAACAACACAUAAAGACUUUAGAAAAAGUCACAUCUGCAUUUGUUGAUAUUAUUUAUUUAUUAAAACAACAAUUACACUUAGAAUACUAAAAUAUGAGUCCAGUGUUUACUGACCUCCUACACCUUCAUCAUCCACCGCUAAAGCAGCUGCAGGUCUCUGCUGAGAUGUUCAGAUACACCCUGAUCUGUUGAUCUCUCACGCUGUUGUGGUGAAGUGUGAUUGUGAAUGCUCCCUUACGAGGCUUUUGGCCUGGCUUUUCCGGCUGAUGAUUUGCCGAAAGGCUCCACGUGUUCCCCAUAUUCCCUGCCCAGUGUGUCCCCUCACUCGGUCACCUUUUCUCCUCUCUCAUUUCUAGACAUAGAGAAACCAAAAUGCUUCCAGUCUCAGAUUUAAAAGUCACUGAAGCCACAGUCUCAAAAAUUUUGUCACCGUUCUCCAUUUCCUCCAUUUUCAUGUUGUUAGUUCAGCAAGUGGAGCGCAAAGGAUGAUGGGUAUUCAGUAGUUCCCACUUGCCUUCGCUUCCACUUUUUACCCUGAAGACCGGCCGGUGAAACAUCCACGACGUCACUGAGCCGCUUCUCCCACCGCCACAUUAACAAUACGGUUCCAUCUCUAGUGAGCAAGUCAUUGUUUUUUGGAGCACUUAUUAUUUUCAGACAAAUGGAGCAAAGUGACCUCCCAAUGUCGACGCUUUGCUGUGUUCAUGUGAGCUUUAGGGAACAGGAUCAAAUCCACGUCAUCCUCAAUAGUCUCAGAAUACUUCGAAUCAGUGCUGCCUUUCUGCCAUGACCAUUGUUUGUAAGUUAUAAUCGACAAACUUCCCGUAGACCAUGGUAAUAUUUACAUUUCUGAUGCUUUUCUAUGGAAGUCUAACAGCCGGGUGUCUGAGCUGUAAGAAAUGUGAUUGGCUCAUGAAGAUAGAGGGUGGGGCCUAGCUACAGGUGAAUUGUGAUAUAAUGAAUUUUUUUUUAGUCCAGAUAAUAUUAAACGGAUUGAGAUUUAAGGUGACAUCUUUUUUGUACGAUUCCCGAUAAAUCCAAACCCAGAGGUUGAAGAUGGCGAGCAGAAGUCAGCUUUAAUCUAAAAUAGUCCUGUUAUUUUUCUAUCAGAGAUUUUAUAACGUGCUGAUCCUCAUAUCCAGUGCCUUGGCCAACCCACCAGUCCACGUGUCCACAGAUGGUUCUACUUUGUGCUAAGCUAAUUGAAGCUAAUUUCCCAGUGCCUCCAAUAUGAAAUGCUGUUUGUUAACACAGAUGCUGAGCUGGAGCAUCUUUUGAUUAUUUUGUCUCUGAAUGUGACUGUUUUUAAGGACAAUGGGGGAUUUUUUCUUUCUCUUUAACUGUAAUGUUCGUAUGAGUGCUGUUUUUGGAAUUUUAAGACUUAAUGAUAAUUCUGAAAGCAAUGAAGUGAAAAAAAUCUAAGAUUUCUGUAAGCACAGAGAAACUUUGACACUGCCCCUCACCCUGAAAUACCUCCUGUAAUUCACUUUGAACUUCCUGUUUCUUCUGUAAAUUGUAGAGAAAUUGUAAGCGGUAACCCAGGAUUCAUGUUAAAGCACUUUGAAAGUUGAUGGAACAGCUCUUUUUCAGUGGACCAUCUACUCAUGAGACUUUGGAACAGUAGAGGUUUGAAUUGAGGUGGAGGGAUCCUAGGAUGCUGCCCUGAGGGACUCCUCAUAAUUUAACAUUAAGAACAAGCUGUUCAGGUCUUUACCAGCAGGCUGUCUCUUUGAUUAUGUCACUCUUUUGUUUCAAGUUGCCUUCAUGUCUAGCAUUCUCAUUGCACUAAUCUGUUGAUGGUGGAAUAUUUUGAACGUCUGCCUUCUUUGAUUUGUUCUUAAAACACAUGUCCUUCUGUUUGUUCUUGGUUGCUGUGUUGUUUUUGUAUUUUAAUGAAACUCUUGAUCUGU